AUGCAUUUGCAGGAGUUGGACAAGCAAGUAAGAAAACUCGCGCUCACGGUUAGCCAUUUAGAGUCCCGAGGUAAGCUGCCAUCCCAGACUGAGCCAAAUCCACGACACAAUGCAAGCGCUAUGACGCUAAGGAGUGGGAAGGUUUUGGAGCCCGUACUUGACAUAAGUCGCGGCCAUGACACUAGUCGCGUCCAUGACGCAAAUCAAGAUAGGGAGAAACUUAACACAGAGGCUCCAGUAGAGUCGGCACCACAAAAGUCAUUUGCAGUACCACCUCCGUUUCCUGGACGACUUGUCCAAUGUAAGAAGGAGCGAGACGAAAAGGAGAUCCUCGACACCUUCCGGAAGGUGGAAAUCAACAUACCUCUUCUCGAUGCAAUUAAGCAGAUCCCACGAUACGAAAAAUUCCUAAAAGAGUUAUGCACGAGUAAAAAGAAACUUCUGGGAAAUGAAAAGGUAAGUGUCGGAGAGAAUGUCUCUGCCGUUCUGCAACAAAAAAUACCGCCCAAAUGUAAGGACCAAGAUAUGUUUUUCAUAUCCUGUAAAAUAGGUAGUGUUGGUAUUAAAAAAGCAAUGUGUGGCUUAGGCCCAUCAAUUAAUGUUAUGCCUUUGUCAAUUUAUAAACUACUUAAUACGGGUCCUUUAAAGGAAACAGGUGUGAUAAUUCAGCUUGCAGAUAGAUCUGUGGUACAUCCAGAGGGAGUAUUAGAGGACAUUCUUGUCAAGGUAAACGAGCUAAUAUUUUCUGCAGACUUCUACAUCAUCGACAUGGAGGAUGACAAUUUGGCCAAUGCAUCAGACAUACUUCUCGGAAGACCAUUUUUAAGUACCGCACAAACGAAGAUUGACGUAAGAAGUGGGAUACUCACUAUGGAGUUCGAUGGGGAAGUAAUAAAAUUCAAUGUAUACGAGGCCAUGAACCGUCCUAGCAUGAUUUCUAAUGUUUCUAAUAUUGAUAUUAUUGAUCAUUUAACUAAGUUACAUUGGGAAUAUCAUAAUAAGGAUGAAUUACAAGCUGUCCUUUGCAGAAGUUUGGACUUUGAUGCCAUUAAGGAACUUGAGGAGUGGAUAACCAUUGAAGAUUCUGUUCACGAAACAGUAGCUCAUAUGGAGGCAUCACAACUACGGAAAGCUUCAGGCUAA